UCUAAAUCGAUCUAGUCACUCUCUACUCCUAUUCACCCUAUAUUACCUCUAUUCUUCUUAUUUAGCUGCUAGCGGCGCGUCUGAUCCCUUUACAACCGUAUAUACAUACUUAAGUUCUCUGAUCCUUCUACCGAGUACCGACAGAGUAUAGCGCCUCCUAUCGAUAACAGACUCUAUCAGGAUCUAGUUUCUCGCGAGGAACCGGUGAUCGCUAAUUAGCAAGGCAAGGGGAUAAGUCGCAGGUCCAAGAUGCCAUACAUCGAGACAGACUCGUUCUCGGAGACUCCAGGUUCGAAUGGAUUCGACAAGCUCGUCCGAGAUCUCCGUGAUGUCCUGGGUCCGAGCUCGGGCCUCGACUCCGACGAUAUCGAUCCCAUGGAUGUCCAGCGUCUGAUGGAGCAGUACGACUCAAACUCGGAGGAUUGGAUCUCGCUCGCCCUGGCGGAUCCCAAGAAGAACUAUACCAGGAACCUCAUCGACGAGGGCAAUGGCAAGAGCAAUCUGCUCAUAUUGGUCUGGACCCCCGGUAAAAGAAGCCCUAUUCAUGACCACGCCAACGCGCACUGCGUCAUGAAGGCACGUAGCUAUCCUAUCUACACCUCCCAUAGCAAGAAACCCCAAGUACACACAGACAGAGACCCUCAGACUAAGCCUCAAAAUAUACAGAUCCUCAAAGGCUCCCUCCAGGAAACCCUGUACUCCUGGCCCGACAAAGACAAACUCUCGCACGGCCAUCCAUCACCUCCGCAAGUCAAAAGACAGACCGUCUACACCGAGAACCAGGUCACAUACAUGUCUGACAAGCUGGGCCUCCAUCGAAUAUCCAACCCGGAUCCGAAUGAGUAUGCCGUGUCGUUGCACCUCUACACGCCCCCCAACGCAGUAACAUACGGCUUCUACAUCUACGACGACGACACCGGCAAACCAAGCCACAUCCCCUCGGCGCACGUGUACUCCGUCCGGGGGAAACGCACGCGCGAUAAUCCUGAAUCUGCAUAAGAAUGGCCUCGCUACCCCCAAUACGUACCUUACCACCCCUGCAUCCCCUGUCUCUCUGCGUUUUGAGCCCUGGCACUGUUCUUCUCAUCUGAUGGCGUUAUCUCCUUCUAAAAAUCUCCGUUGGUUUCAGACUUUCGGUAUACGGACGGGACGGCCUUUAGACCCUAUUCAGGGAUGAUAGAUUGGUUGGAAUUUGGUUGGUUGGGACGGACUGCGUUGCGUUGUUUUACUUGGUUUAACUUUAGGCGUCGGUCUUUAUUCUUGCCUGUUUUUUUUUAUAGAUAUCUUUAUGGUGGUUCUUUG